CUUCCACAUGAGUAACAGCUGAAAGUCUUAUCUACGUCACAUAAGGUACUGAGAGAACAAAAUUGAAAGGACAAGCUGAUACUUCUGAUCUCUGGCCUACAGCUGAUUGCCAAAACAACACAACAGGGCGGUCAGCAUGUGGAAGGGGGAGCUAAUGAGGAUUUUAGCCGUAUAUUCCCUUGUGGCUGUUACUUCCGCCGUGAGUAAUGACGUCCAAGGAAGAGAAUCACCAAAGAUAUUACUGCCGCUUGUGAUAAAUACGUGGUCAUUUGUUAAUUCAACAGCAAAAGCAUGGAGUGUGCUCUACAAUGACAAAGGUUCGGCUUUAGAUGCUGUAGAGAAAGGAUGUUCUGUGUGUGAGGAGCUGCAGUGUGAUGGGUCUGUAGGUUUUGGAGGAAGUCCUGAUGAAAAUGGAGAGACGACAUUGGAUGCAAUGAUUAUGGAUGGGACAACACACGAUGUAGGAGCAGUUGCUGCCUUGCGGAGAGUUAAGAGUGCAAUAUCUGUUGCUCGAAUGGUACUUGAACAUACAACACAUACAUUGCUUGUGGGAGAUCAGGCUACAGAGUUUGCUCUCCAGAUGGGAUUCAAGGAAGAAAAUUUGACAACUGCUAAUUCUGUUGAGAUACAUGAGCACUGGAAAGAAAAAUCCUGCCAGCCUAAUUACUGGAAGAAUGUUCAGCCAGAUCCCACAGCAAGUUGUGGACCCUAUACCCCUAUAGAUGUAUCAAAGAAAAGUAAAAAAUGGGCAACUGCACAAGAGGGGAAAAAUUUUAAUACCAGGAACCACGACACUAUUGGAAUGAUUGCCAUAGAUUCUCAAGGACACAUUGCUGGUGGAACGUCAACUAAUGGGGCCACUCACAAGAUUCCCGGUAGGGUUGGAGAUUCCCCGAUUCCAGGCAGCGGAGCUUAUGUUGACAGACAUGUGGGAGGUGCAGCAGCCACAGGGGAUGGAGACGUAAUGAUGCGCUUCAUGCCAGCUUUGGUAACAGUUGAAGGAAUGAGGUCUGGUUUAUCUCCUCAUAAAGCUGCAGAACUAGCCCUAUUUCAGAUUGGUAUGUAUUACCCAGAAUUCAUGGGAGCAAUUGUUGCCACGUCAAUUACUGGCGAGGUUGGGGCAGCUUGUCAUGGGUUUGAUAAAUUCCCGUAUUCUGUUGCAAAUCCAACACUGCAGGGAGUAACUGUCAUGGAAGUUCUUUGCUUUGGUUAAUGGUUAGUGACAGUCUUCAUAUUUGAUGGACUGCAAGGAUAAAGAAAUUUUGUAGCAUUUUUAAUGCAAUGAAUGUUUAACCUGUAUUCAAGGACUCUUCAGAGUGAAUGUACUUAUAGUGUUGUUUUCAUAUUUUUGUUGUCACUUUUAGUAAUCUGCAUUAAAAAAAUGCUAAUGUUUCCGUCAUCACUGAAAGAUGGUCACAAUAUCUUUCUCGUACAAUUUUUUCCACAUUCCUCAUUUUUAAAUGUACUUCUUUUAUUCUAAUUUCCCUCUUUUGCCAUUCUGUUCAGAAUUAAUGAAAGUACAGAAAUGACAUAUAGGAUAUUGAUAUAUUUCAUAAUACAUAAGAUGAAUUAUAUGUCUUCAUUCUAGAGAUUUUAUAAUUUUACAGCAUAUAUCAUAGUACAUAUCUUACACUUUUUAAGUAUUGUAUAUUUUGCCUUUGGUUGUAUGAUCAGAGUUUUAUCUCUCUGAGAUAUUUUUGUAAUAUUUUUUGGGAUAGACUACGAGGUUUGAAUUUCAGGGACUUCGGUCAUUGAGCGUCAAAGGUUCUGGGCUGAUUUGACAUAAAUAGAAAUUGCUUCUGUCUGUAGUUAUUAAAGAUCAGUUCCUGUUGAUCAAAUGUAAAUACUUAGUUCCUAUUGCCAACUAGGUAAGCUAUACAGACAAUGAGGUUUGAAUUUCAGGGAUUUUGGCCAUUGAGCAUCCCAGGUUCUGGGCUAAUUUGAUAUAGAAAUUGCUUCUGUUUGCAGUUGCUAAACCUAGUUCCUGUUGGUCAAAUGUAGCUAUCAAUUUAGCUCAUUCAGCUAUUAUUUUAAAUGACAGUAUGAAAUGUAAAAAACUGAGGUGGAAAUAUAUUUGUUAUAAUCCUUUUCAUAAAGUAUUGAACCUUAGGCAUGUUAGUACAGUGUAGUCUGGAAGAAAUGACUUAAUAAUGGUUCAACACUGUUACUAUUUUAGACGACAAGAAGCAAGCAAAACUGAGAAAAGAAGUUAUUAUGAAAUGACUAGGAUUUAAGCCCCAAGAUGACGCCCUCUCUAACAGCUUUUUGAUUCCUUCCGUUGUUAAACUACAUGUUGUGAUUUUGUCCAGGAGUGCAAUAUUUUUACAUGCAUUGCAGUAUUUUUUCAAGAUGUGAUAGUUAUAUUUAAAGAAACUUUUUUAACUGUACAUCUGCUGGUGAAUGAUUGAUGCCAUAAUGACAGGCUAUUGUGAAAAUUGUAUUAGGCCGACAUGAUGAAGAUACUCAUGUUUUAAUAGUUUUACACAAUAUUUUUUUAUUCUUGUCUCAAAAGUCAUUCUAUAUGAAUUUGCAUCGAGAGUGCACGUUCAGAUGAGCUUGGACUAUACAAUACUUGUGGGAUAAGUUUGUAUGUAUUUUGGUGAAUGUGUAUAAAUAUCCCUAUAAUGCAGAAUGUUAAUUAAUAAGGAAUC